AUGACACCAAUCAUUUCCUUUCUCCAACAUGGGCGACUCCCUCAAGACAUCGAGGAGGCUAGGAAGGUCAAGAGGAGAGCAACCAGGUUCACGAUCCUGAAUGACACACUAUACAAGAGAGGUAUUUCCAUGCCUUACCUAAAGUGUGUGGACGAGGAAGAUGCCAAAUAUAUUCUAAAGGAGAUCCAUGAAGGAGGUUGCGGAGAUCAUGCUGGCCUCAGAUCACUGGUAGAUGCAAGGGAGCUCGUCAAGAAGUGUGACAAGUGCCAAAGGUUUGAGAAUGUCCAACGCCUUCCAAUAGAGAAACUGACGACGAUAUCCUCCCCCUGGCCCUUUGCCCAAUAG